AUAAGUGUUUUACACCGAGCUAGCCUUGUCAACAGAUGCCAUAUGCAAAGAAAGAACACUAGAUGGCGCUGUCACCACCACAGUGAAGUUUGGUUGUCCUGGGUUCAGCUCUCGCCUCGGGCACUCUGUUCUGUCUGUGUAUGUGGAAUCUGUUUACAGGCCUGACUGCCUUGCCGUGGUAUCACGGAUAUUAAUUAGUUCGUGGUGAUGCAGCCUUAGUUGCUGGCUCGGCGUCAAAUACCAAGUACCACCACCAUCACCAUCACCAGCACCGGACCGCCCACGGAGGGAACAGAACAAAUGCACGUCGUCAAAAAACGACGUCACAAACUAAUGACGCACACUGUCUGUCGUUUGAAUCACGUGGUCAAAGAGAGGCUUUGUGUUUGACGCCGCGCCAGCAAAUGGAGGCACAACCACGAAAAUCUAAGAAAUGAGAAUGUCAUCUUGGUUUUGUUACGCCGCCUUCUUGUCAGCAACCUGCGCAGACGAGGCGACGUUGCAGUUGUCUGACACCACCACGUUCGUCUUCAGCCCGGAAGUCGGAGCCAGUGAGCUUGGCGACGACCUUGUGGAUGUGUCUGCUAUCGUCCCUUCUGAUCCGGGAGAUGCCCAGGACAGUCGUCAUGGCAACCAGUCUCUCCGCUCUGCCCGCUCGGCUCUUAAUGAUAACAAGCACCGUCACUCUGGCGUUGCGUGUCUCGAAAGGCAAGAAAAGUUCAAGAUGUUAUCCAAGAACCGACCGCUGCAAAUGGUCUUAAUAGUGGAAGAGGGCGAGGAAGCCAGAAUGUCCUGUCACUUUUGCGAGGACAGCGACAACGUCACCGAGACCAGGCGGUGGGACGCGCUAGAAAUGGCUCGAGGGAGGCCGCUGUCGCAGUCGAGGGUGGGGCUGGCCUCGCCAAUACUCUGGUACAGCAUCGCUCACUAUGGGCACGGGACUGGCUACCGACUGACCGAGGUGGAGCCAAGCAUGCACGACGACGACAGGAUGAACCGGAUCUACAUUAGUACCGGGCACACGCUCAUCAUUGAACGUACGAAAGCAAGUGAUGCGGGCACAUACUUCUGCCGUGACACGACCGUGCACGACCGCCACAUCAAACCCAUCGUCAUGCAUGACGACAUCCAGCAACUGCUGACUGCAGAGGGCACUUUCCGCUUUCUCAUUCACUUGGACGUUCUGAAGACGGCUCACAUUCCUGUGAAAGAAGUGUCACCGACCAAGGCAAACAACAAACCCUUACCAUCGUCCCCUGUAAAUCACGGGUCGAAGAAUCUGCAGGUUUUCUGGGAGUGGGGAGAGUGGGGGCCUUGCAGCACCUGCGACACUCCUGGGGAAACCCACAAGCGAGGUGUGUGCUCGGUGAGGAAGCUCCAUAACGACAGGCCCGUGACGCCCUGGUACCUGGAUGCUGUCCUCAACACCUACCCUUCCGGUGUGCCCUGCAGGUCGUCACUGUUCCACCAGGAGGACAGCGGGAUGCUGGACCGAAACCUACUCCACUCGGACGAGCUGGAGAAGAGAGACUGCAGCCAGCCAUGUAAAGCGGGAUUUCUGAAAGGCUUCAUGACAAGAAAGUCUAUAUCUCCAACCGGCCUUAAAAAACUGAGUUUUGUGGAGACUAAGAAGGCCGACGCGCAGGUGACUAUAGUGAACGAGACGGUGGGAGACACGGUGGAACUCUACUGUCCGGGGGCCAAGGUUGACGAGGCGGUAGUGUGGGUCAACAAAAGCAAGUACAUCCCCAGCAAUCAAAUCCGCAACGCCACAGGGGGGCGCGCCUGGGUGAGCGCUAACGGCACACUCCACAUCUCCACCAUUAUUCUCGCCGACAGAGGCCCCUGGAUGUGCGUGGUGGGUGGCGAGAAGAAGGGACAUGUUUACCUUAAUGUGCUCGUGCCGGAGUCACGUGACUUCCAAGUGUACGGAUGGUGGGUUAUCAUGUCCUUCCCCAUCUACUUUAUCGUCUUUAUCCUCCUUCUCGCCGUCAAGCACUGGAACCGCAAGGGCCUUCUCGUGGUCGGCGCCAACUCUGAUCAAAGUGCAGAUUACUACGGGGACGCGUCCGAAGACGACAAUGUCAACAGAGCAUGCGUCGACUCUCAAAGCAGAGACAGCUGCAGCUACUUCAUUGAUAGCAGCGCCAUGACCACCAUCACAGACAGUAGUUACUGUGAGGGUACGAACAGGUCAUACUUACCAUAACGGACGGUGUUUAAUUAUGAUACAAACUGUACUCACGAUAAUGGAUGGUAGGUGAGAGACGGUUGUUACCAUUAACAACACAGUAAUCAUAGCGAUGACCACAGACCCUUUGCAUGAGUCUUCACUCAAAGUAUCAAACUGUGUCCCACCAUCGCCAGUUUCUUCACUUGCUUACACAGUGUUACAGGAAAUGGUGUGUGGUGUGGUUGUCCCAUAUUGAAAUUGUGCAACGAAGUAUAAAUCCCAUGUGUCUAUGUGUGACAAAUGAGGCGGGGAAAGGAUGGGUCUAACUCGCCCGAGAGGAAAGGGAACUUUUCUGCUGGUUCCAUGACAUCCUAUGGCACACGUGUCACACUCUAAAAUUGUAAAUGUUUACAAAAUGUUGAAUAAUGUUUGCAGUAAUUUUUUUAAUGUUAAUCAUGCCCAUCAAAGUAAUGUUUGCGUUCAAACUUGUUUUCAAGCUUUUUAAAAUGUUUUAUAAACAUUUAGUAGUUGUUAUUGCUUAAACACUUAAUAAAUGUCUUUUAACCCUAAUUCAGGGACCUAAGAGUUCCUGCAGGCUGGGAGGCUACUUGCUACAACGCUUCCGGCUUAGCUACCGUGUUUUAGCGAAUGACUUCAAUGGCUAUGUCAGCAAAGUCUGUUAGAGUAACAACAAUAAAGAAACACACAAAAGGUGGUUUAUGCUGCUGCAUGGUAGAAUGCAACUGCAUGUGCAAGUAUCACAUCUUUCCGUGGUUUUUUUCCCUCCGCGGGCAGGUAUAUCGAAAGACCUAGACAAGUGGCGAGCGGCUCUCAUUCAUGCUAGGCGGUUGCUUUGCCCGGACCGAUCAAAGGAUUUCUUCCUGGGCCGGACGUUCCCUAGCCAGCUGUAACACAUCCUCGUGUCGUCCCACGUCAGCAACCAGUGAAGCAACCGACACCUUGGAAUGCCCAUAAAACGGAACCAUCGACACUUAGAUAUGCACAUAAAAAGGAACACAGUACCCGGAGUAUACAUUGUGCGCACGAACUGAAAACGAGAAAACGAGUGCCGAAUUGCAUGGUCCCACACAAUCUAAUUACGAACUUGUAUUAAUGGCCUACUUGCA